UUGAGUACUCGUGGUCUCAUCAAAGAGAUGGAAGUAGCAGAGAAGAACAGAGGGAGGAAAGGUCUGAUCUGCAAGACAUGGGAACGAUGCAGAUCAAUGGGUAAUCGUGGCAAUAGAAAUAGAUUGUCACCUACGCCCAUAUCGAAGAGUAGAUCAUGGCCACGCAGUGCCAACUCCCCAGACGAGAGCAAUAGCAGCAAACGCAGCAGCAAGAGACGCCAAGUUGCACCAGAAGGAUGCUUCACGGUCUAUGUUGGGCCGCAGAGACAGCGUUUCGUGAUCAAAACAGAGUAUAUCAACCAUCCGCUCUUCAAGAUGCUUCUGGAAGAGGCAGAACUCGAGUACGGUUACAGCAGCCAAGGCCCUCUUUCACUUCCUUGUGAUGUCGAUCUCUUCUAUAAAGUGUUUUCUGAAAUGACUGAGAGAAGGCCCGUAAGGUUGCAGUGUUGCCAAGGGGUAUGCUUCUUAUCACCUUCUCGGUCCAUCUCGGAUGUUAGCCAUGAAAUGUUUCUGAAUUCUACAUAAUUGAUUUGUGUUGAGAUCAAGAGAUAGAGAGAGAGAGCCAA